CUCCUCCUCCCUCACCCUCAGUGCCUCGAGAAAGAGGGAGCGUUCCAAGAGCUUUCUGGAUCGAGAAAAGAGAGAGAAAGAAGCGAAAGAGAGAGAGAGAGACCGCGCGCUUGCGGCACGAUGUUCCUGCGGCGGAUCUUGACCGGGGGGAUGGGGGCGGUGGCGAUGGCGAAGGUGAAGGAGACGACGGGGAUCGUGGGGCUGGAGGUGGUGCCGAACGCGCGGGAGGUGCUGAUAUCGCUGUACAAGCGGACGCUGAAGGAGAUCCAGGCCGUGCCGGAGAACGAAGGCUACCGGAAGGCCGUCGAGAGCUUCACCCGCCACCGCCUCCAGGUCUGCCUGGAUGAGCAGGAUUGGGAGAUGAUCGAGAAGCGCAUCGGUUGCGGCCAGGUCGAGGAGAUCAUCGAGGAGGCCGAGGACGAGCUCAAGCUCAUAGCCAAGAUGAUCGAAUGGGACCCGUGGGGUGUUCCAGAUGAUUACGAAUGCGAAGUCAUUGAAGAUGAUACUCCAAUUCCGAAACACGUUCCCCAACACCGACCUCCUCCACUUCCUGAAGAGUUCUACAAGACGCUAGAGGCAAUUACUUCGAAACCUGCUCCAAAGGAUGAACCUUCCACUCAAUCAAAGGAUUAACAUUAUGAUGUUGUUUGGUUCGAACAACUUUUCAUAUUUCAAGCUAUUGCCAUGCCUCUUGUUUGCUGCUGUGGUUUUUAUUUAAUGUUUGUCAUGGAUAAACUGGCUUAUGAGAAAAAUAAUGAUGUUGUUUGGUUCGAACAACUUUUCAUAUUUCAAGCUAUUGCCAUGCCUCUUGUUUGCUGC